AUGUCGACUCGUGAAAUACUUACAUUACAAUUUGGACAUUAUGCCAACUAUGUUGGUGCACACUUUUGGAACUUGCAAGAACUCAGUUUUGAUUACACAGGUAAUGUGAAAACAGAGGUUAACCACGAUAUUUUGUAUCGUGAAGGCCAAACAGCCAAAGGAGAAGUAACAUAUACACCUCGGUUACUUUUGGCCGACCUAAAGGGUUCUUUAAAAACUUUACCUGAAGAUGGUGGUCUAUCCAGUGAAAUAGAAGAAACAGAAUUUCAAUGGGAUGCUGUUGAAAAAAUCGAAGAACCAGCUCCACCAAAAAAUGAAUACUUAGAAGAUAUUGAUAGUGAAGGAUCAAAUGCUUUCACAAAGCAAUACAAUUUCGAACAGGAUGUUAAAACAUGGACAGAUUACCUGUACCCAAGAUUUCAUGCAAGGACUGUUAAUAUUGUUAAGGAUUAUGUGCAUAGCGAUGAAACUGAAUGUUUUGAUGUUUUUCAAGCUGGUAAAUCUUUGUGGAAACAUGAUUUUGGUGAUAAUUUUUGUGACAACAUUCGAAGAUAUGUUGAAGAAUGUGAUAGUAUGCAAGGGUUUCAAGUUAAUUUUGACUGUGUAGAUGGAUUUGCUGGACUUGCUCUUGGAUGUGUUGAGCACCUUGCUGAUGAAUACACCAAAUCUAUACUUGCAUACCCAAUUAUACCUUCAUAUUUUCCUGAUAAUAAACCAUCAACACAAGAAGAGAGAGAUAAAUCAAAUUUAAAAGAUUCAAUAAGGCUUGUGAACACUGCUCUUUCUAUCCAAGAACUUUCAGAACAUGCAACAUUAUUUGUGCCUAUUUGUACUGGAGAUAAAGGUUGGAGAAAACCUGGAAAUCCUAGAACAUUUGACUAUCUUCAUUAUAAUCAGGAACUGUAUUAUCACAGUUCAGCUUUAUUAGCAUCAGCUAUGGACACAUUAAGUCAGAAAUACAGACACAAAAGCAACAUUUUUACAUUGUCAGAUAUUUGUGCUGACCUUACAGGUUAUGGCAGGAAAAUGGCAUCAGCUUCACUAGGAAUGCCAUUGCCAUUAAAUGAAUCCCAAUAUUUAAUAGACUUUCUGAAUACCACAACAAAACCUAUAUACACAAGUAUAACUCCAAGUUGUAAGAUUGCUACUGACAAAAUAUUCCAAUUGAUCACAGUGCGAGGAGUACCAGAGAGCUAUUUAAAAGCACCCCUGAAAGAAGCCAAAGAACAAAUGAAUAUACCAGCAUACCGGUGCACUAGUGUAAAGGAGAUGUUUGAAUUAUAUUUCCAAGCAAAUAAUUUCCUUUCAGCAACAAAUGUGACUGUAUGUGAAAAGCCUUUAGAAGUGAAAACACCAUAUCCUAAGAUAUUUUCAUCUGAAUUGAAUAAAUAUGGUUUUAUUAGAGAUGGAAACAGUGAAGAAAAGGUUGAGAGUUGUGUUGCAGUUGCAGGGUACCACAAUGGUAACUUUAUGUCAGAUGUUAUUGAAAAACUUCACAGGGAAACCAGUAGGAUUAAGUUUUCUAAACUGCACAAGUUCAACCAAGAAGGGUUUGAGGCUUCAGAGUACAGUGAAAGCUUGGAUAAGCUUGCAGAAUUUAAAGAUAACUAUGAAGAUGAUUUUGAAUUGUAA